GUCAUCUGGAUCGAUAUAGAGAAAGCUAACAGUGAAGACCUCCUGUCCAGCAUCGAGAAUGGCUGCCAAUCGUUUAUUUUAACAGAAGAUUCUUGGUUGCCAUUUUUCGAAGGCUUCUGGUAUCUACACGAUCGAACCGUUCAACGUUUUGCUAACAAGAAGGUCAUUAUUGCGCUAGAUUACGACUCGGAAUACUUCAAAGUUGAGCCGAUUUUCGAGCACGUUGUCGUGCACGACAUUCCCCAACUGCUGGUAAUUGUUCAAGUAGAAGAUGAUCGCAUAGAUGUUGUCACGAACAAGUUCACGGGCAGAGAUACUCAACAGGAGGUUAUCCUCUUGGACAGCUUCGUUCCUUCUUUGGGAACGUUUCUGUAUGGAAAUGAGCUGUUUCCAGACAAACUGUUGAAUCUGCAGGGACGAUUCUUGAGGCUAGCAAUUUUCAACUACUCUCCGUAUACAUUUUGGAACGAGGUAAACAUCAGUUCAGAUUCAAAUGCAUAUUUCGAACACGAAGCAAGUCUUCAAGUGGACGGUACUGAGUCGAGAAUAUUCUCACUGUUUUGUGAUACCUUCAACUGUAGCCUGGAAAUAUCGCUGGAUGAGGCCGGCGAGUGGGGUGAAAUAUUUGACAACCGCACCGGAAACGGUAUUAUUGGGGCGGUCGUUGAACGGCGUGCCGACAUUGGUGUAGGCGCACUGUAUUCGUGGUAUCACGAGUUUACGUUUUUGACGCUGUCGAAACCGAUUUCACGGACGGGGGUAACAUGUAUAACGCCCAAGCCAAAGUUGCUGAGUUCCUGGAUGACACCGAUCUUACCGUUUACGCCCAACUUGUGGGCGGCUGUUGCGGUUACGUUUGUUCUGGCAAGCAUCUUUGCACUGUUUAUCAAUUUCAUGGUGAAUAAAAUCGUCUUAACACAGGAUAUACAAGUUGAUAUCUGUGAAUCCUUUAUGAUUAUUGGUAGCAUGUUCAUUCUGCAAACUGUGCUUCUUCGGAUCAAUCGAAACAAGUAUAUCUCUCAAAUGGUGCUUAUUGGCUCGGUCCUGUUCGUUGGGAUGAUGCUAGGGAAUGUCUACUCCGGAGGGCUAUCCAGUGUGAUGACAAUUCCCCGUUACCAAAAACCGAUUGAUACCUUACUCGAUCUGGCCAACAAUGACCUGCAUUGGGCAUCAACACACGACGCUUGGAUCUUUUCGAUACUGAUGGCAACCCAGCCGACCAUCCUGAAAUUGCUGCAAAACUUUGAAACACAUCCUAAGGAAGUGCUCCACCGGCACGCCAUUCAACAGGACUUGGCCUACAGCGUCGAACGGCUUCCGUAUGGUCAUUUCGCCAUCGGCGAGUACAUCGAUCGCGAAGUUUCGCACUAUUUUCACCUGAUGAUUGAGGACAUUUACUGGGAGAACUGUGUCGCGAUGUCCACCAAAACGUGGCCCAUGAUGGACCAUUUGGAUGGGUUGAUAUUGCGCGUGUUUGAAAGUGGCAUCCAGCGCUACUGGGAACUGCAGGUGGUAUCGAAAUACGCAGACAACAAGGUCCAGCUGACCAUCGCUACUUCGCGCCACCAGGAGAGUAGCGGACCGACGAUUUUGCAACCCUCGCAUCUGGUUGGUGCAUUUCUUCUGCUGGCCUUCGGAUUGGCUAGCGGAUUUAUGAUCUUCGUAAUGGAGAUAGCGGUUGGCAAGCUGCACGGUGCAAAAUGGUUCCAUCAGGAUUGAUGUGAUUACCUUCAUCGAUGAUUU